AUGGUUCCAGCUGAGCCUGCCCCUGUGUGUCUUGCAGGGCUCCCACGCCUGGACGCCGGCGGCAGCGCGGCCACAGCAGCCUGGAUGCAGAUGGAGCAGGCUGGAGGCACCAGGGCUGCCCCCCUAGUGCAGCCUGGGGGCCCAGAGCCCACCCCAUUGCGGGCGCUGCAGCCUGCCGAGCUCUCUCUCGCCCCUGGCGGGCCAGCAGCGGUGACAGCCUUUUCCAGGACCAUACGCCUGUACAGCAGCCCCGUGCCUGGGGGCAGCGCCCCCUCCAGGCCCCUGGUGGUGCUGAUGCCCUGGUUUGGCGCCCGGCCCCGCUCCAUUGCGAGGUACCUGGAGCUCUAUUUGCCGCGCGGCCUGGACGUACUGGUGGUGGAGAGUGACCUGAGCCACUUCCUAUGGCCCCGGCACGGGCUGGCCUACGCGGCCUGUGUGCUGGGCCUGCUCCGGGACAGCCAGCCCUUCUGCUCCCACCCACUGCUUGUCCAUGCCUUCUCCAUCGGCGGCUACACCUUCGCCCAGAUGAUGGUGCACAUGAGCCGGGAGCCGCAGCGGCACCGGCAGCUGGCAGAGAGGAUCCGGGGCCUGGUCUACGACAGCCUGGUGAUGGGCAGCCUGGGGGACAUGGCGCUGGGUGAGUGGGGUCUGGGCAGGUCCUGCGGGGCAAACCCCCUCUCCAGGCACUAG